AUGCUUGUCGCGCGAGCGGGCAGAGGAGGUGGUCCAUCAGGCGAGUCGGCACUAGUGCCUGGCUCAGACGGUCCUCCAGGUGCUGCUAUCCCGUCUUGCGGCGCAGAUCAACACUGCGCCAGGUUGAUCCUAGGCUUGGAGGCCACAACAAGCGGUAACCACCCCGUCCCAUGGUUCGUGUCGACGACGGCAGUGAAUGCGGUGGUCGGCAAUUGCACAUCACGCUCAACUUUGAGUCUUCCAGGUUUAUGGCAAUUGAUGCUGCUCAUGAAGUCAGUCGACGGCGUGUCAUCGUCAAUGGCUGGAAUGUGUGACCAACUCACCUCUGGGGAUGCUGGCACCCUGGACGUCUACUACGAGGAUGCCUGCGCACAAGCGAAGGACCCGGGACCGGACUCCGGCGUGUGCCGUCUCAUCCUAUCUAGCGCCGAACCAGUCUACAAAAGGUCGCUAUAG